AAUUUUAGUUGAAUUUUGUGAGCCAUAGAGAAAUGUUUUCCCAAAGACCAUAUUGGAUUUUGACCCUUGUGGUCCUCUUGGCCAUCGACAAUUGCUGUGGUGUGGUUGUUAGCGAUGCAGAAUGGAAUAACUAUAAGCUAAAGUUUGGCAAAACUUAUGACAAUGCCGUCGCCGAAAAUAAUGCCCGCUUCUAUUAUGCCUACAAUGUCAAUUGGAUGUCGACACACAAUAGCCAAUACGACCGAGGUCUGAAAACCUUUAAAUUACGCCCAAAUCAAUUCACCGAUAUGCGACUGAUACACUUUAAUGCCAUGUUCCCAGUGGCGACAGCACCAACAACCACGAAUGCCUCGCCGCCUCCAAAUGUAAACAUCGUACCACCCAGCUAUGAUCCUUCGAUAAAUUUUGGUUACACAAUUCAUGCCGAAGAUCAGGGUUUGAAAUGCAACAGCGGCUGGUCCUAUUCUGCCGUCAAGGCAAUUGAAAUUCUCAAUGCCAUCCAGACAGGCAACACUGUCCCCACACCUUUGUCCGCUCAACAGCUCAUUGAUUGUGCUGGCCGUACAACGGCUUGUACAAAGCAAGUACCACAAACCGUAUUCGAUUAUUUGAAGAUGUAUGACAUGCCGCUGCUCCUCGAAUCGGAAUACAAAAAUAAUAACUCUCAAAGUGAAGCUGGCAUGUGUUUAGUUCGAGGAAAUGUGGGAGUGCGUGUUUCCCAAUACUCUAUGCUCACAGCGGAUGAUGAUGAAGCUUUGAAAAAAUAUGUUGGCUCCGGAUUUCCAGUGAUUGUUGAGAUCAAUCCAACCUCCUUUGAAUUUAUGCAUUAUUCCGAGGGCAUCUAUGAACCGCCCGUGACCGGAACUAGGGGUUCACAUUUUAUGACGGUAAUCGGUUAUGGAACUGAUAAGGCCAGUGGUUUGGAUUAUUGGUUACUCCUGAAUUCCUUUGACACCACAUGGGGUGAACGAGGAUUUUUACGGCUACGCAGAUCGUCAACCAUCAAGUUGGCCAAAAAUGCCAUUUUCCCAACUGUUUUGGGUUGAUAGUUUAAAAUAAUGAAAGAA